ACCAAAAGGACGGGUACAACUUUGAAGUCGUGGGCGAUUUGGUCCUCUUGGAAAGCGUCCAAACCUCGCAGGGCUAACCUUCUACGCUCUGGUUUCGUGAUGCGGCAUCCUAGACAGCCCAUGACUGCCCCGAGCGCUGCUCCGGUAUUCCACUAUUCGGAAGCCACCCGAUCGUACUGCGCUGGAAUUGGUCGGUUCCGGGCUUGUGGUGCUCGAGCAAUGCACCAUGUUCGGCAGGUAUAGUGAACCUAUGCUCGCUUAGCUGUGGAAUUGGCCUGAUAUGCUUGAAACCUGGACCCCAAAUACGAGGUACCACGAUGGACGAGAUGGACGAUAGGAAUAUAUUAUUUGACCUCCUGCCGACAGCCAGGCCUCACUCCCUCAUCAGACAAUUCAGUCCACACGGCAGCCCUUGCAUCCAAUAUCAAGUCUUAAACCUAUCCCCAACGCAGACAACCACACCUAGCUACCUACCUACCUUCUCACAAUGCUCGCAAUACAGAUCCUCGGAAUCAUUGAGCUUGUCUUCUUCUUUCCAGCUCUCCUUGCAGCAACACUCGUUGUCUACAAACAUGGCGCCGGAAAGCAACUGGGCUGGCGAUUCCUGGCCAUGAUCUGCUUGUUCCGUGUGAUCGGAGGCAUCUGCGCCAUCAUCUGGGCGCAUACAUCCUCGAGCGGCGCACUGAUCGCUUACGAGGUCAAUGACAGCUUCGGGCUGUCUGCCAUCAUCUAUACUGCCCUUGGUCUUCUCCACCGGGUUGAAGAUGGAAUGGGAGGCCGUGGCUUGCCUUUCACAGUCUUCCGAGUACUGGCAAUGCCAGGUCUGGCGGGUUUGAUCCUCAGUGUCGUCGGCGCCACCAACGUUAUUGGCAACUCCUCCGACUCCUCCAGUUUUUCCUCAGGCAUGGCUGAGCUCAAGGCUGCUGUCAUCCUCUUCUUGACUGUCUAUGUGGCCGACAUCUGCAUCACAGCCUAUGCUUUCUUCAACAUCACCCACGUCCAGGAUGGCGAACACAGACUGAUCUAUGCAGUAACAGUGACCUUGCCGUUCAUGGCGGUGCGCAUGAUCUAUUCUCUGCUGUGCGUCUUCCUCAAUGAGCACAACAUCUUCAGCACCUGGAGUACCAGUGCCUUGCCGAUCUUGGUUCACGGAAUGAUGGGUGUCAUGAUGGAGGCAAUCAUUGUGGUCAUCUUCACCGUUGCUGGGUUUAUGACAGCCUCGAUCUCGAGAGUCUCAGGAUCAGCACGACCGACCACGGAUGGCCAAUUGAAGGGAAAGGUGGCACCACCUGUGUAUGACCUUGGUACUCGAAACGUUUGAGCUGAAAACAAUGACACCUUUGAAAAGACAGUGCGGAGUUGUGUCAUACGGAUCGCAGAGAGAUAUGGUGCUCAACAUGGUCCACCUCAAAGCAGACGCGGUUGCUGAAAUAUUCGUGAAUAUUGUUGGUUUAUG